AUGUAUCUGCCUCUCCUGACCUUUCUCGUCGGGACUUGUCCUCUGCUGGGCCUGGCCGUCCCCCACGCCGGCGUCGCCCAGCCGCGUAGUUCCGCCAUCCGGGGGAAAUACCUAGUCGCCAUCAAGCCGGAGUCGUCCCCUGCCCAGCUCAGAGAGCACACGUCGUGGGUCCAGGGCGUGCACGCCCGUAACCUGCGCAAAAGGCAGUCGUCUGGCGAGACGGCAGCGGGUGUCGAGAGGACGUUCUCGUUCGACGGCUUCCGGGGUUACUCUGGCAGCUUCGACGAAGAGACCCUCGAGGAUAUCAAGUGGAGCAAAGAGGUCGCCCUGGUCGAACCGGACCAGAAGCUCACCCUCGACUCUAUUCAAGGCGAUAUCGCCGAGGCGUCAAGCCGGUCCUGGGGACUCGACAGGAUCUCGCACAGGGAGCCCAACAACGGCACCAAGUACACCUAUGUCUCUGAUCCUAAUGCAACAGGCCGUGGGCAGUACGUCUAUGUUGUUGACAUGGGCAUUCAAGCAAACCACACGGAAUUUGAAGGACGUGUGAUCAAGGGCUUCAACGUGUGGGAAAACUACACGGCCUUUGAAGACACAUUUGGCCAUGGCACGCAUGUAGCCGGCACCAUAGGGGACAGGACAGUCGGCAUCGCAAAGGACGUGACUUUGGUCGAUGUGAAGGCGUUCUGGGGCGCCAAUUUGGCAGUCAAUGACAUUCUGAAGAACGGAAGAGCGAAUUCUUAUGUCAUCAACAUGUCCUUUGGAUACAGUGAGCCGCCCGAUAUCACGGUCGAACUGAUCAACGCCGGCGUUCAACCAGGGAGUCCUUGGAGUCGCGGCAGCAGGAAACGACAACGUUUCAUAACGGAUAGGACACCAGGGAGGGUCCCCAACUCUUUCACCGUUUCCGCGUCCGACAGGGCCGACAACCGCGUGUUCUUCUCGAACUGGGGCCCUGGUGUUGAUGCUUUUGCCCCCGGUUUCGAUAUCUACUCGGCAUGGGUAGGAAGCAACACGUCAACUUGUUACCUGCUCAGCAGCACGAGCAUGGCAACGCCACAUGUAGCUGGGCUGAUGGCGUAUCUAAAAGCAGUGCAUGCAGAGGCGCCGAAUAUAUCUGCAGCUGCGAUAACGCAGAGGAUCAAGAAUCUGGCGCCCAAAGGGGUGAUCAAGGACCCGAGGGGAUCACCCAACCUGUUGAUCAACAACAACAGCGGCGCUUGGAGAGAGGCGUGUUAA